GCCAGGCCGGAUCACAUACUGAUUCACGAUGACCUCGUCCGCCGGCGCCACUCGGGGGAAGCCCAGCUCCGCGCUGCCCUUGCGGGGCCGACGUGGCAGAGGCGGAGUGCGGGGCGCCCCUUCCAAGGCAGGCCAGGCUUCCCUGCCCCCUUGGGAUACACCGUCUUCCCGAGAGGCGCCCAGGUGAGAGGAAAGACAGAAGGCACGCCGGCAACGACAGGGCAGGGGACCAGGGCCGCCUGGGCCCCCAGAGGGCCCUUCCCUACCCUGCCAGGGCCGCCACGCGGCAUGCUGGCCCUCCUGGGCCAGGCGCCCGACCCUGGACGUGCCGGCCCCAAGUCCAGCAGGCAGCGGGGCCCGGAGAGGUCGGCGUCCCUGACAAAGGGCCCCCCGUGGGCAACCCAGGCUGGAGGGGCACCCCCGGCCCACAGGGCUGGACGCCGCGGCCCCUGGCGACCGCGCGCCCCUGCCUGCGCCUCGGGGCCCUCCGCCCUGCAGCGCAAGUGGGGCGAGCGCGCAGGUGCCCGCGGGAGGCGCGGCGGGGGCUGGCGGGGCGCCGGCGCGAAGGCGGGGUCGCUGGGGCAGCCGGGCCGGAGGCGCGCUGGGGGGCCAGCCUCGGCGAGGGCUUCGCCCGUCUCCCCGCCGCCCCGCCGGCAGCGCCUCCGCCCCGGGACCCACCCCGCGCGCGGCGCCCGCCCCGAGCCCGCCCCGAGCCCGCCCGAGUCCACGCCUCCCGAGAGCCCGGCGGCUCAGAGCUGGCGCAGCGCGAGCCCGGCCCCGGACGGACGCGGCCAGCCGACCCCCGCGCCCCGUCCUGAGGGAAAGCCCUGA